ACCUCGAGAUCUGCCUGCGAAAGCCGCCAACUUGCAUCCAUCAACAACGUGCCGAAUCAACCCCGAUCGUCUUCAGAUUCCGGCCUCCAUCUAUGUCAAUGUUGCGCUUCCGACUCGUCCCGUCUUGAUUUUUCCACGACGCCUGUAGGCCGAUAUCUACGCGACCGCAUUCGCACGCGCAUGGCGCCAGGGGCCUCGCUGUCGCUUCCAUCGCCUGGCGCCCAAAAUGUCUUUUACCAACGGCCAACCGGCCUGGCCAUCUCCGGCCCUUCACCAUUCAAACAGCAGUCGGUCUCUGCAUCUCGUCGAUGAUGCAUCGGCGCGAACCCAGACCCCCGUUGAUAACUCCAUGACCCUUGUGCCUGAGGCACCGGUCGACGCCGAAGAAGAAGCCAGGCGCGCGCUUUUCGCUGAUCUUUAUCGAAAUACCGAAGACAAAAUCGCCUUUCUUUUUAAAGAUGACGGCUCCUACAACGUUGGCGCGAUUCAGGCGCUGCGCCGCGACCCUAUCGCGUCAGCCAUCUCCCUCCCCCCCACUACCGAUCACGAGCCCAUAAAAGAGCCGCCGGCCAAAAAGGCCAAACGAACCAUUGAUGAGGAUGACUACGAUGAUGAUGAGGAGGAAGAGGAAGAACCCUCGCAACCCCUAACGAAAUCGCAUACCUCAACCGUCGCCAACCCCCUACUCUCCCCCUCCAAAUCCGGCAGCUCACCAGUUCAUUCCGUCAAUUCCCCAUCAAAACAACCCGAAAAGCCAAAAGAUCAAGAAAGCAAGGAAAAGGAGGAACAAGAAGCUAUCAAGAAGCUCGAAGAAGCUCGACUCGAGACAGAACGAGCCGCGCGACGGAGCUUCCACACUAUCAUGUAUACUCUUGAGAAUGAUCGUAUGGCCAUGCUUGAACAGCAGCAGCUUGAAGAUUCGGAGAAGCAGCUCCAAGCUGAAAUGGACCACAAUCAUCAACCUGGAAGUGGAGGGCAGGGAACGCUUGCGAGCGCUAACCUUGGCGCUUCAAGUUUGACCCUGAAGCAUUUGAUUGCCCGAAUCGACAUCAAACGAGACCAAGUACGUGCAUCUGAUGCCGAGCUGCGAGUCUUGAUGAGCGAAGUCCGAAAGAACCGCAGUAAAUGGGCCAGCGAAGAAAACGUCAACCAAGAAGACCUGUACGAAGCGCUCGACAAGGUGCUGACGGAAUUGAAGGCGCACACAGAAUACUCGAUGCCUUUCUUGUCCAGGGUCAACAAGCGUGACGCUCCCGACUACUACAACCUGAUUAAGAAUCCUAUGGACUUGGGCUCGAUGACCAAGAAGCUCAAGUCACUAACGUAUAAGUCCAAGGUGGAGUUUGUUGCUGAUCUAAACUUGAUUUGGGACAACUGCCUCAAGUACAACCAGGAAAUGACACAUCCACUGCGGCGGAUGGCCAAUGGCAUGAGAAAGGAAGCUGAGAAGUUGAUUCCCCUUAUCCCAGAUCUUGUCAUCCGAUCUCGUGCCGAUGUUGAAGCGGAAGAGCGCCGCAAACAAAACGAUGGAGAGGAUUCGGAUGACGAGCCCAUUAUGUCCUCCCGUGGUCGCCAAACAGGAACCAAGGGAACCGCCAAAUCUCGCACAGCGCCUGCUGACGCCAAGGAAGACACACCAGUGAUUGACCAAAAGCCUGUUCUGCAAUUGAACGGACUGCUGGCAAAAUCAGGACGAGAAGGUUCAGAGUUUGAUGGCAGCACCGGCUUAGGCACGCCACCAGUUGGUGGUACUGGAACUCCAACCGCCGGUGGCGUCCCCUCAGGCAUAGCCAGCAAUGCCGAUGCUAUGGAGAUCGACGGGCCCAGCUUGAACGGCAUGGCUUUGGGCCAAGCAUUUGGCGUUGGCGCAGAGCAAAUCUAUGAGGACGAGGAGUACAAGAUCUGGAAGCAAACAACCAAGAAAGAUCGUGCUCUAGCUGCCAAGGAGCGCCACCUCCUUUUCACAGAUAGAAAGCUUAACGCUGACGCACCCGCCUUAUUGCGUAGCAAAGCAGGCAUGCGACAAUAUCUGAAGCAUUUGAACGAGGCUGACACUCUUGGCAUUGGCCCAUCGUCGACAUCAGCUGCACUGAAGGGCAACGAAGCCAAGCAAUCAGAGACGUUGGCUGAGGGCAUCAACGACGAAGAGGACAAAGUUGUACCCGACUACUACACAAGCUUAACAAACAUCCCCGAUAUCCCGUCCAAACUACGCUGGAUAGAAGAUGGCGAAGGACAGGUUAUUAACCAACAUGAAGAGUUCUUGCAUGUUGUGCCUGAAGGGUCGUUUAUUGCGCCAAAAAGCAAGUUCUCAAAGAAGAUGGACGAAAAUAUCCGCCAGAUCCAGGAAACCCGCAAGAUAGCUACCAAGAUCUCCGUCGUCAAGCAGAUGCAGGUCCAAGCACAAGUCUACACGAACCAAUUCCCCAGAUCCAACACGGACCCCUUCCUCGAACAAGACAUCGAGCCGCACUUUAUCUCAGAUAACGGCCCCGUCAUGGCACUCGAUGCUUGCCAGGCUGCGCUGCGCCGAUCCAUCAGCAAAGUCCUCUAUAACACCGGCUUCGAAGAAGUCCAGCCAUCGGUGCUCGACACAUUUACCGGCAUCGCAGGAGACUACUUCCAGAAGCUCUGCCACACAUUCAACGUGUACCGCGAAGCAGAAAAGACAUCCAUUGCCACGGAAUCCGGAUUCAAAACAGUCCCGCGCUUCUCCCCAGAGGAAGUCAUCCUCCACACGCUCGAUGAAAGCGGUCACGACCUCGCCACGCUAGACUACUACGUCAACGAGGAUGUCGAGCGUCUGAGCUCGCGCCUCGGCGGUCUCCACGAGCGCAUGAAGACGCACUUGGCCGACCUACUUCGUCCCGCACUCGCUCCGGAAGCCGGUGCAGACGGCGUCGGCGCCUUCAAAGACGGCAGCGACCAAUUCACAUCUGGCGACUUUGCCGAAGACCUCGGCGAAGACUUCUUCGGCUUUCGCGCCCUCGGGCUCGACAAGGAAAUGGGCCUGCACUCCUUCCAGGUGCCCUUCCAUCUGCUCCAGUCCCGUGUGCACAGCCAGUACCAGAUGCAAAACCAGGGCGUCUCCAACACCUCGUCGAAUGUCUUCGAGGCACUACUGCCCUCAGAGCCCGUCACGGUCGAUCUUAUCAACGACCAAAUCGGCCUCGUCAAGAACUUCUUCCUUGCCAAGCUGCACGCCAACAAGGACCAGCCGCUCAUCGAAGACGAAGACUUGCCCUUUAAGCAGCGCAAGCCCCGUCCUCGUCUCGGCGCCAGCGGCAAGAUUAUGUCUGCCCAGAAGCGCCCGCCUCGCGAGCAGAUCGCCCUGGCCAAGAAACGCAAGAAGCUCGAGGCACAGGCUGCCCGAGCUGCUGCGGCCGCCGCUGCUGCUGCUGCCGCUGGCGGAACCAACGGCACACCAGCCCCUGCGACUACGCCGUCAAAGAAGAAGUCCAUCUCCGUUACGCCCGUCGUGGCGCCGAAUCGAUCCGUCUCGGCGCUCGGAUCGUCCAUGGAGCGUAUGGAUAGCAUGCAGAGCCAAGGCAAUACAAGCCAACAGACUGAUACUGGCAUGAUGAGCCCCCAGAGCAACGCUGAGUAAAACAAAGUGGCAAAGCAUCAUAGAAGCUGCUCAGCUCAUCUUGAGUUCUACUACACUUUUUAUAUUACAUCCCAUCCCAUUUUUUUGUUUGAUUUUCUCAUGGGCUACCCUAUUUUUGCGUUGUGGUUUGGGCGACUUUCUUUUUAUUAGGAUUGGAUGACAAAAGAGGAGGACACGCGGCACAGAAGAAGAAAGAAUGGCGUUUGAAAUUAAACCCCAUGUAUUUAUACCUUGAUUUCUUGGUCUCUUUCCGUUUUUCGCUUUCUGUUUGGUUGCUUUCGUCUUGUUUUUUUCUACCUCUUCAUUAUCAUCACCAUUGAUAAUACUUGGCAUAUCUUGACUCGCUGUAGAUAGGAGCAUGAUUUGACGGGGCAUGGGUAGUGGGGAGUAACGUGGGUUUUUCGUUUCUAUAUGACCAAUUGAUACACUUUAUGCUAUUUGCA